UUUGGGGUUGGGUCACAAAGUGCAGCCAUAAAAGUUUUGAUGACAAAGGGGUUGUCUCUGCAGGAAGGCAAGUCUAUAUCAUUGCUCCAUAUUCUUACAGCCGUUUCACUUCGUCGUGUUUUAUCAACUCACACCACGCUAAAAAGACAUGGCUUACCAUCCGCCCUCGUCCAGCCCUGGGAGCUGGAGCACCGGCCUGUUCGACUGCUUCAAAGACACCAGCGGCUGUUUGUUCGGGUUGUGCUGCUUCCCCUGCUUGCAGUGCCAGACUGCCAAGGAGUACGGCUGGUGCAGCCUCAUGCCCUGUCUGGACGUCUGCGGCAUCGUGUCCUGCAUACUCCGCUCCAACAUCAGAGAGCGCCACAACAUUCCUGGCUCAGCUUGUGACGACUGCUUAAAAAUAGCGUGCUGCUACCCCUGCGUGUGGUGCCAGAUGCAUCGAGAGCUGAAGCUCAGGGGAAGCAGUCAGUCGGGCGACGUGGUCACCGCUCAAGUCGGCAGAGCUUAACGCGCCGCCGACUCAGAGGCGGCGUGGCGAGUUUGUCUGAAAUGUCCUGCAGACGUUUCAGAUGGACGGCAGUUAUAAUUACAGGAAAAACCCACGCAGUUUAAAACGUAUUAGUUUAGUGCUUUUCAGCAACAUUUUCUUUUGCUACUUUUCUAAGGUUUUGGAAUUAUAAAGCGAAUGCCUCUGCCUGGUGUAUUUAGCAGUCUGUGUUUUAUAAUAACAGGAUUGACGUUUCUGACUUUUACUCCUAAAUAAAAUGCUUCUUGCAAAUCUUCUCUCUUA